ACCUGCGCUUUCCGAGACCGCUCCAGAGAGCCCCUCCGGCCCCGCCAUGAGGCUCAUUCUGUCGCUCCCGGUUUUGGUGGUGGUUCUGUCGAUGGUUUUGGAAGGUCCAGCCCCCGCCCAGGCGGCCGGAGAAAUCUCCAGCACUUUUGAGCGCAUCCCGGAUAAGCUGAAGGAGUUUGGUAACACCCUGGAAGACAAGGCCCGGGCAGCCAUUGAGAGCAUCAAGAAGAGCGACAUUCCUGCAAAGACCCGAAACUGGUUUUCUGAGGCUUUCAAGAAAGUGAAGGAGCAUCUCAAAACUGCCUUCUCCUGAACACCAGGAGAGCCGCCCCUCUACUCUGGCCUGUGUGCCCCAGGAGGGGGCUCUGAAAUUUCCCAUCCCCUGGCUCCUUGCCAAGGACUUCAUGAUGUUCAUGUCUACCCCCAACCUCCAAUAAAAAUCCUAUAGAGAAA